AACUGAUAAUGUGGCAACGUGGAGAGGAGGCUGACCCUAUCGCAACUCCAAGGUGACCUCUGUCACCAACAAUAACUCAACAAUCCAGUAGUGAAUCCAAUCCAGUCAAUCGCUUCUAGCCGGUGCUUGUUUGCAGUUCUUCAAUAGAAAAAACGAAGAAAUGUCGGUUCCACAGAGCGAUGUGGAAAGAAGAAAGCAGAUCAGUGUGCGGGGCAUUGCAGAAGUUGGCGAUGUGACCGAAAUCAAGAAAACUUUUAAUAGGCACGUUCACUACACUUUGGUAAAAGACCGGAAUGUAGCCACCCCUAGGGAUUACUACUUCGCCCUUGCCCAUACUGUGAGGGAUCAUUUGGUGUCCCGGUGGAUUCGCACUCAACAGCACUACUAUGAAGUGGACCCCAAGCGUGUUGCUUAUCUUUCCUUGGAAUUCUACAUGGGACGGACUUUGUCGAACACGAUGAUCAACUUGGGCAUCCAGUCGCCGUGUGAUGAAGCUUUGUAUCAACUGGGCCUGGACAUUGAAGAGCUGGAAGAAAUGGAAGAAGAUGCUGGACUGGGAAACGGCGGUUUGGGACGCUUAGCAGCCUGUUUCUUGGACUCAAUGGCCACGUUAGGUAUGGCUGCUUAUGGCUAUGGAAUCCGUUACGAAUACGGCAUAUUCGCCCAAAGGCUCGUCAAUGGGGAGCAGCAAGAAGAGCCGGACGAUUGGCUGCGGUUUGGAAACCCGUGGGAGAAGGCCAGGCCCGAGUACAUGCUUCCAGUCAACUUCUACGGCAAGGUGAUUGAAACCCCAGAGGGUAAGAAAAAGUGGGUUGACACCCAAGUAGUCUUCGCCCUGCCUUACGACAACCCGGUUCCUGGAUACAGAAACAACGUGGUGAAUACGCUGCGACUGUGGAGCGCCAAAAGUCCAGUGGAUUUCGACUUGAAGUUCUUUAACGAUGGAGAUUACAUCCAAGCGGUUCUCGAUAGGAAUCUGGCCGAAAACAUAUCGAGAGUUCUCUAUCCAAACGAUAACUUUUUCGAGGGAAAAGAGCUGCGUCUGAAGCAGGAAUACUUCAUGGUGGCGGCCACUUUGCAAGAUAUCGUUCGUCGGUUUAAGUCUGCGAAAUUUGGAUCCAAAGAAGCAACUAGAAACGACUUUGAUCAAUUUCCUGAUAAGGUGGCAAUUCAGCUGAACGACACCCAUCCAUCGCUGGCAAUUCCCGAAUUGAUGCGGCUUCUCGUGGACGUGGAAGGACUGGAUUGGGACAAGGCCUGGGACAUUACGCGAAGAACUUGCGGCUAUACAAAUCACACCGUGCUCCCUGAAGCUCUGGAACGCUGGGCUGUGAGUCACCUUCAAAACAUCCUGCCCAGACAUCUGGAUAUCAUCUACAAGAUCAACUUCCAUCAUCUGCAGGACGUUGAGAAGAAAUGGCCCGGCAACUUAGACAAAAUGAGGACAAUGUCGCUGAUUGAGGAGGACGGAGCGAAGCGCGUCAAUAUGGCCCAUUUGAGCAUUGUGGGAAGUCACGCGGUGAACGGUGUCGCUCAGCUUCACUCCGAUAUUAUCAAAGCUGGCUUGUUCCGCGACUUCUACGAGUUGAAUCCGGAAAAGUUCCAAAACAAGACCAACGGCGUCACCCCGCGCAGGUGGGUUUUGCUGUGCAAUCCUGGUCUUAGCGACUUGAUUUCCGAGCGCUUCGGCGAAGACUGGAUCAUCCAUCUGGAACAGCUGCAGCAGCUGAGACCGCUUGCCAAGGAUCCGGCUUUCCAGCGCGCUGUGAUGAAAGUGAAGCAGGAAAACAAGCUGAGAUUGGCUCAGUUGCUGGAGAAAGACUAUGGAGUCAAGGUGAAUCCAGCUUCAAUGUUCGAUGUCCACGUGAAACGGAUCCACGAGUACAAAAGGCAGCUGUUGAACUGCAUGCACAUCAUCACAAUGUACAACCGCAUUAAAAAGAACCCUUCGGCCAAAUUUACGCCUCGCACAGUAAUGAUUGGCGGAAAGGCCGCCCCUGGGUACUACACGGCGAAGAAAAUAAUCAAACUGAUCAACUAUGUGGCCAACGUUGUGAACAACGACCCGAUUGUGGGCGAUAAACUGAAGGUAAUUUACCUGGAAAACUACAGAGUGACUCUCGCAGAGAAAAUAAUCCCGGCCGCGGAUCUAAGCGAGCAAAUCUCGACGGCUGGAACCGAAGCCUCUGGAACGGGGAACAUGAAGUUCCAGCUGAAUGGGGCGCUGACUAUCGGGACUCUGGAUGGCGCCAACGUGGAAAUGGCCGAAGAAAUGGGCAGAGAGAACAUCUUCAUUUUUGGCAUGACUGCCGAUGAAGUCGAAGCCUUGCAACGCAAAGGUUACAACGCCUAUGACUACUACAAUGCCAAUCCCGAGCUGAAACAGGUGGUGGAUCAAAUGCAGAACGGAUUCUUCAGCCCAAGCAAUCCAGACGAGUUCAAGGAUCUCGCCGAUAUUUUGCUGAAAUACGACCGGUUCUUCUUGCUGGCCGAUUACGAUUCUUAUAUUAAGAAGCAAGAUGAAGUGAGCAGUAUUUACCAGAAUCAGUCCAAGUGGCUAGAAAUGGCCAUCAUGAACAUAGCCACGUCUGGAAAGUUUUCUAGCGAUAGAACGAUCAUCGAAUAUGGCAGAGAUAUUUGGGGCGUGGAACCCAACUAUGAGAAACUUCCCGAUCCAGCUGUGCCGAAGGAAUUGGCGCUAAAGGAAGAGCAGUAGGCGACCGCAUAUUUCGCUUAUACUUUAAACAAAAAUGUUUUAUCUCUUAGGAUGAUGUUCAUUCAUAAAAAAUAAGCCCAAAAGCGUUCUCUCUAAGUCAUGCAUCAGCAUUUCAUAGGUGUGCCAUAAGGAUACCUUUACUAAAUUGUUAUAUUACUGUUACACCUUUAGACGAUGAAUAGUUUAGUUUUAUAUGUAAGAAGCGAUCGUGUUCUCGAAAUACUCCAUAUUGUUAUCAACGCAACCAGGAGCGUUUUACAUUACAAAAUAUACUCAAUUAUCUUCUU